UAGGAAACCGCAUUUUCUCCCAUUUUAGAUUUGAGUGUUAUCCAAGUGAUACUCAUUUGGAUGCAGGAUCUAGGGUUUUAAGGAAAUCUUUCCAGUUUAUCUCUGUAAAGAUGAUGGACAAUCAACACCAGAUAGGUUUAUACUUCAUUGAUCUAUGGAAGCAGAAGUUAAGCGUAUCGACAGAUAUGGAAAUUGAAGAGGAGAAUCCUACGGAGCUUAACACUCUCAACAUCGGUGGAGGAUUCGCUAGCGUUUCCCACGACAAGCUCACGGUUAAGUACAACAACGUUCAUUGCGGCGGAUAUGACGUUGGCGUUGUUCAGGCUAAUCAUCCUGCACCAGUCAAGCGAUUUUUGUAUUACUUCGAGAUGUCUGUUCAGAAUGCAGGUGCUAGAGGCCUCGUUUCUAUCGGAUUCACCACUAAAGAUUUCACAAUGUGUAAACAACCGGGCUGGGAAGUAAAUAGUUAUGGAUAUCAUGGCGAUGAUGGACUACUAUAUCGUGGUCACGGAAAGGGGGAAACAUUUGGUCCUACGUAUACAGCUGGUGAUACUGUUGGCAGUGGAAUUAACUAUGCUACCAAGGAGUUAUUUUUCACCAAAAAUGGGGUGGUCGUAGGAUCAGUGCACAAGGAUGUGAUGAGUCCAUUAUUCCCCACAGUUGCUGUCCAUAGCCUCAAUGAGGAAAUCACUGUCAACUUUGGAAAACAGCCAUUUGUCUUUGAUAUAAAGGCAUUUGAAACUCAGGAAAGAGCAAAGCAACAGAUGACAGUUGACAAAGUAUAUUUGGAGCAAGAUGUUAGUUAUGGGAUAGUCCGCUCCUAUUUAGUACACUAUGGCUAUGAAGAUACUUUGAGUCUGCUUGACUUGGCUAGCGUAAGUUCUCUUCCUCCCAUAAUGUCUCCUCCCGUAUCACCGAUUCAAAGAAAUGGCUUCAAUGGUGACAAUGAAUAUGCUUUAUUCCAAAGAAGAGUCCUCCGGCAGUUAAUCAAGAAUGGUGACAUUGAUGAUGCAUUUCGAAGACUUCGUGAUUGGUAUCCCACUGUUUUUCAGCAGGAUGGCAGUUCAAUUGCAUGCUUUCUUCUUCAGUGUCAAAAGUUUAUUGAACUCGUUCGGGUAGGAAAGGUGAGCGAAGCUAUUAUAAAUGGAAGGAAAACAUUUGAUAUGCAACCAAAGUUACCGGUUAAUGUGGACGACCUAAUUAAGGACUGUGCUGCUUUAGUGGCAUACAUCGAACCGGAGAAGUCAGUUGUUGGGUAUCUUAUGAAAGAGUCUCAUCGUGAGUUUGUGGCGGAUGCGAUAAAUGCACUGAUAUUGUCAACGAAUCCGAAAGUGGAUGGGGUGCAAGAGUGCUUGCAUUCGUGUCUGGAGGGAUUAAUGAAACAGCUGGCUGCUUGUUACAUGGAGAGGAUGGCCUUAAAUGAGAAUCAAGGAGAAGCUUUUAACCUGACCCAGUUACUGGACAAUUAUUACAAGAAGGGUUAGUUAUUUUGUAUUCUUUUCAUCACCAUUGUUGUUGAUAUGCAGUUAGUCGGCAGGCGAUUUUGAUCUCCAUUGCCGAAACUGGAUAUAACCCAGAAGAAGAUAUGAUAUGCCUAAUACCCCCAUUUUGAAGGUGCAAUUUUCUUCACUUGUAAAUUGUUUUGUUUGUUUCUUCGUUCAACUUUAAAAAGGUGAUGGAUAUGGAAAUUUCUUUCUUAUAUUCUAUUAGCUAACUAAAAAUGUAUGAUGAAUCUCAACUUUGGUAUUGUUUG